UUCAUUUUUAUUUCAAAAAACCGCUCUUUGUCUAUUCUACUCAAUACACAAACAUGAUAAAACAUUAGCUUAUUCCUUCCUCUUCAAUUUCUUGCCCUUUCACAAUCUGUUUCAAAUUAACAACACACAAGAAAGAAGAUGGAAACCCGUGCUGGGGCAAAGAGAAAGAGAAAGGAAGCUGUUGUGGUGGUGGAAAAACAACACCCCAAGAUGCAUAGGGUUGUAUUGGGUGAACUUCCCAAUCUACCAAACCUUAUUAAUCAAAAUCUGGCCAAACAGAAAGUUUCAUGUUGGAAAAAUCCCAACAUCAAGAAACUACCUUCUCCUCAGAUAGACCAACAUUAUGUAUCUGACAUCGAUGAAUAUCUUCGUGAAAUGGAGAAGAAGAAAAGACCAAUAGUUAACUAUAUGGACAAAGUUCAGUUGGUACUUACAGCAAACAUGAGACAAAUAUUGGUGGAUUGGCUAGUAGAUGUUGCUGUGGAGUAUAAGCUUCUCUCUGAAACUCUUCAUCUUUGUGUGUCAUUAAUAGAUAGGUUUCUAUCAGUUAGUCCUGUGACAAAGUCCAAGCUUCAGUUAGUAGGUGUUUCUUCCAUGCUUCUUGCCUCGAAGUAUGAGGAAACUAAACCACCCAGUGUGCGCAAAUUUUGCAGCAUCACCGAUAACACAUUUGAAAAGAAAGAGGUUGUAAAGAUGGAAGCUGAAAUACUUGAGUCUCUAAACUUUGAAAUUGGCAAUCCUACUGCAAUCACUUUUCUAAAGAGAUUUUUGAGUGUUGCUUCUGCGAACCAAAAAACACCAAAUUUGAAGAUUGAGUUCCUGAGCUUCUAUCUUGCUGAGCUAAGUUUGUUGGAUUAUAGUUGUAUAAGAUUCUUGCCUUCCAUUAUAGCUGCAUCUGCUUUAUUUCUUGCCAGGUUUAUUACCUCUCCCAAAGUGCAUCCUUGGAGUUCUUCCCUGGGUGAAUGGUCCGGUUACAAACCAUUUGAGUUGAAAGUCUGUGUUGUCACUUUGCAUGACUUAUAUUUUUCAAGAGAGGCAGCAUCAUUCCGAUCUGUUAGGGAUAAAUAUAAACAGUGCAAGUUCAAGUGUGUGGCAAACCUGCCAUCUCCUCCACAUGUACCAAGUCAUUACUUUGAAGACUGAUGAUGCAGUGACAAUUCCUUGACAAAUAAUGAUUUUGAACAUAAACCUCUUUUUGAAUUGCACUCUUACGGCUAUUAAUGUAGAAUCUCUCCCAAAGUUGCAUUUAGCAAUUAACCUAUUUUGAUAGGGAUCUUAGAUUGUAUGGUUCUUGGAGGCUGAAGUUGAUUACCCAAUAACUGAUGUAAUGAUCUUUUUGUACCGCCAAUGACCAUGAUAAUCAGAACUAGAUUAGUGUUGUAAGUAUUAUCAGGGAUUAUAUCUAGGUUUAGUCUUACGAAUUUAAGUGUAAUGAGUGGUAGAGAUGAAUAUGAUAACUAAUAUAUAAAGGGUAAAGUUUGAA